AUGACAAAAGUCACCCCAGAACCAAUACUAGAAGAGAAAAAGACAGGACUAGAACAAUUACUUCAAGAAGAAGAGACCUCAAGUCAAGUAGAAGUAAAGGAAACGAGAGAACGUAAUGUCUUUCUCAAAUUUAUCCUCAGUAUUAGAUUAUUCCUAAUUGCAAUGAUUACAUUGGUUGUCUUAUUGACAGCUAUUUCAAUUUGGGUUACUGCCUAUACAAUGAAUGAGCAAGCAGCAUUAGAACAAGUUGAUGUAAUUAUUGCUAACAUGAAUCAAAAGAUUUCUUCCUUUGUAAAUAGUCAAUUACUUCCUGCUAAAUAUGUUGCAGAUUCCAUGGUCAAUGAUUACUAUAAUGGCUAUAUUGAUAUGGUAGAUACCAUUCGACCAUACAUAUUUGAACGAAUUAAAACAUUUGGUGUUACUGUCGCUAAUCUGUGUUUUGGUGAGGGAGGUAACAAUGCACUAUUUGCCUACUCUGUUACUGCUGAUGGAAAUGUUGUCUUUGUAACAAAGAGACAGAAUGAAAGAUUCAUCAUGUAUAAGGCAAAUAUCACUAAUGGUGAAUACUACCUUGACAAGGUGACAACCAAUAUUACCUAUACUGUUUCUACUACCGAUUACUAUUCAGAAUCUGUUGCACUAAUGAAGAAAUAUCCAACUGGAGCUUUUGGAGCACCAUACAAAGUAAUUAAUGGUCCUCAAUCAACCUAUUGGAGUACUCCUGUCUAUAACAGGACAGAGCUUCCUGAGAAGAAGAAUAGAAUUGGUUUUGCCAAGAUUAAUAUUUCUCUGGCUGCAAUUGCUCAAUUUUUGGCCAAUGUUAAAGUUCUAGAACGUGGCUUUGUAAUCAUCUCAGAAUAUGACAAUGAUUAUGUCAUUGGCAGCUCCUUGAAAAUCUCAGGAAUUGAAGAUAAAAGAAUCAAGGCAACUAAUAUUACCACAAGAAGUGCUGGCUCAGUAAUGGCCAAACUGCUAAAAUAUCAAAAAGAUAACCAAAUCAAUAAUACUGAAAGUAUUGCCACCAUUUUAACAAGUGAUGAUGGUGAACAAUUCUUGGUUUCCUCUUCUCCUUACUCUUUUUACAAUUUGCAAUGGAGAAUGACCCUUGUGUUUGAUGAUACUGAAAUCAAGAAGGGAAUUAUUCAAAGUAGUUAUGUCAUUCUUGGUGUUUCACUAGGUGUUGCUGCAUUGGGUAUUAUUGUGAGUGUCAUUAUUGGUUGGUCUGUCACAAGUCCAUUCAUCAAACUGCAACAAGAUUUCAAAAAGAUUGAAAUUCUAGAUCUUAUUUCUAUCAAACCUAGAUCAUCCAUAUUCAGUGAGGCUAACUCUAUCUAUUCCAGUUUAACUGAAACAGUUCGUUGGUUAAGUGAAAUUAGAGCUUUCAUUCCAGAUUCUAUUCUAAACCAAUUAGAAAUAACAAAACUCAUGAAAGAAGGUGAGAAGAAGGAAUCUUAUGAACCAGGUCUAUCAUUCAAAGCAAGUAACCAUAGUAUGCAAAAGACAAAUGGUGAAUCAAAGAGUAAUUUGUCUCAAUCAUCAGAUGGUCAUUCCAAGAUUUCAAAACAUGAUGCUCAUGCAGCAAAUAACAUGUUCAAAAUAGGUCUUUCCACAAAGGACUGCUCUAUCAUUUACAUGACAGUUCCAAAUCUUGAUGAAGAAAGCUAUGAAUAUGAAUCAGGUUUGCUUUCCAGCUUGAUUUCCAAAGCUCUUACUUCCAUCAGUACUAUUUGUAAGACCUGCAAAGCUGAUUUCCAAAUCAAGAGUUAUAAUGAAUUUAUCAUUGUCUUUACCGAUAAGAAUCCAUCUGUAACUGCCUUGGAAACCUCCCUCAAAAUUGUAACCCUAUUGAAUUCAUUGAAUGAAACAAUAGCCAAAGAUGGACAUCCAAGAAUUAAGAUGUGUGCCUCUAUUACUAGUGGCAGUACCAUCAUGGGUAACGUUGGCAGUAAGCAAAUGCGGUACUUUGCAAUGGUUGGCCCAGUUGUGAAUAGAGCUAAAGAAUUGAAUGAUUUCUGUAACUUGCUAGAUGUUUCAGUGGUGUGUGAUCAUGUUACAAAACAAAAAGCCAAAGAUUCCUUCAUAUUUAGACCUGUUGAGAGAACCAUUGGAGAGCAUCAUCACAUUCAAACUGUCUAUCAACUCGUUAAACGUUCCCAAGUACAAGAUGAUGAAUGGCUCUAUGAAUUAGAACAGAAGAAAGCCAAUGCCAAAUUUGAUGAAUUCCAAGCUGAUUUUAACAAGAUUUUCGAGAAUGAAACACUCACAGACUCUGAUAUGGAAUUGGUUCUUGCACAUCUUGUUGAAUCGAGUCAAAGUUCUCCAAAUGAUAUGGUCAUCAAGAGGCUUGAACAAUUACUUUCGGAGAGCAAGCUGAAGAGAGAACACCAAUUUAAAAAUUAUUACACAACUGUUGGGAAGCAAUUUGUGAGUUACAUGAGGCCGGGUGAGCCUAUCCAAUCCAUGACCUACCAGAGAGAAGAAGAAGAAGAUCUUUAA